AUGCAAUCAACCGAAGCCCCACAAAAUAGAGAUUCUUCAAUUCUUGUGUGAGAGAGAGAGGAGUCACAGGUGGCGGCGAGCUAAGAGAAGGCCCCCAAUUGUUUGGCGCCUCUAUUGGACGCCACGAAUCCCCUGCCAAUACCAUCAUUUCUCUAAAUCUUUUCCCACUAAUUUCACCAAAAAUUCAAUCAAAAUAAAUAUAUACAUAAUCACACACACCCAUAUAUGUGUAUACGCACGCACCUACGUAAUCAACAUUGACAAUCCAAAAAAGCCUCUCCUCAAUUUCUGUUAUUUUUCAUUGAACAUUCACGAACACUGAACGCCUUUCUUUCUUUCUUGUUACAAUUUCUAGAGAGAGAGAGAGAGAGAGAGAUAAAGGAAUAAUAAUGGUGGGAUCGAGGCAGGGAAUACCUUCCUGGAUAACCGCGGCGGCGGCCACCAGGGUUGAUUUCGAAGGAGGCGCCGAAACCAUGUUCAAGGAUGGUAGUAAACAACCUCCUUCUUCUGCGGCGGCGGUGGAACUUUCGAAUGCCAAUUUGGGUUUUGGAGAGAGGGCUUUCUCUGCUGCCGGUGCUGCUGUUCUCUCCGCUAUCUUAGUUAAUCCUCUUGAUAUUGCCAAGACUCGGUUGCAAGCACAAGCUGCUGGAGUUCCUUAUCAGGGGGUUUGUGGUAGCACAUGUUUUGAAACCGCCACGGUGUUUCCUGCUACAAAGUAUUCUUCAUCGGGUGUGCGUUCAAUUGUUGGUGCUGAACCUGUGUGCCCUCCGGAAUGUGGGCAGUAUAAAGGAACAUUGGAUGUCCUAUAUAAAAUUAUACGUCAGGAAGGUUUCACAAGAUUGUGGAGAGGCACAAAUGCUAGCUUAGCAUUGGCUAUACCAACUGUGGGGAUAUACUUGCCUUGUUAUGAUGUUUUUCGUAUUUAUAUGGAAGGGUUCACAAAUCAACGUUCUCCAAGUUUGACGCCAUAUGUUCCAUUAGUGGCAGGAUCGGUUGCUCGUUCAUUGGCUUGUGUUACUUGCUACCCCGUUGAAUUGGCAAGGACUCGCAUGCAGGCAUUUAAAGAAAGCCAAGCUGGUGUGAAGCCUGCAGGAGUCUGGAAAACGCUGCACGAUGUUGUCAACCCGGCAAAGAGCACAAGCUUUCUUCAAAACCCUGUUCAAAGAUAUCGCGUCUUGUGGACCGGCCUUGGAGCACAACUUGCCCGUGAUGUUCCAUUUUCUGCAAUCUGUUGGUCAACCCUAGAGCCAAUCCGGAAAAGACUUCUUGGUCUGAUGGGAGAUGAAGCCAGUGUAGCGAGUGUUCUUGGGGCAAAUUUCUCCGCUGGCUUCGUGGCAGGAAGCCUUGCAGCUGCUGCUACAUGUCCAUUAGACGUAGCAAGAACACGACGACAGAUUGAAAAGGAUCCUUCGAGAGUUUUGAAAAUGACCACAAGAAAGACUUUGGUAGAAAUAUGGAGGGAUGGAGGAAUGAAGGGACUGUUUACAGGAGUAAGUCCACGAGUUGGUCGUGCUGGUCCUUCGGUUGGAAUAGUUGUCUCUUGCUAUGAAGUUGUCAAGUACACUAUGUAUCAAAGAAGCCUCAAAAACAAUCCAAAGUAGAGAAGAAAAAAAAGAAGGAUUUACAACUAAAAAGGAAUCAAACACUAACAUACACGAAAAAAAAGGGCUUUUUAUGAGCGAACCAUUCUUUGUUUAAGAAAGUGCUUUUCUGGAGCACUCUAUGUAAGUAAGGUUUUCAAUUUUGCCAUGUCAAAGAUAAAUUUUUGGUAUAUAGCCAUUUUUGUAAUCUCAAGCUAUGCCUCAAGUGGCUUUUU